GCUUUCGCCUCCCUGCCCGUCUUCCCCCUCUUCGACACGGCCUAUUUCAUCGUCUCCGUCCUCUACCUCAAGUACGAGCCCGGUAAGUGCGGCCCUUGGCCCGGGGGAGCCGCGAUGGCCGCGGCAGGGCCGGGGGCGGGAACGGGGCGCCCUUUUGCCUCCUGGCUUUGUGCCAUGCUCCACUGCUUUGGAAGUUACAUACUUGCUGAUCUGUUACUUGGACAAUCACCUAUUGAUUACUUCAGUAACAACUCCAGUGUCAUCCUGGCCACAGCAGUUUGGUAUUUGAUAUUCUUCUGUCCCAUGAACCUCUUCUACAAGUGCGUUAGCUUUCUGCCCAUGAAGCUUGUCUUUGUGGCCAUGAAGGAGGUGGUCAGAGUUCGCAAAAUCGCCGCUGGGGUCCACCACGCUCACCACCACUACCACCACGGGUGGUUCAUCAUGAUGGCUACUGGAUGGGUCAAAGGUUCUGGUGUUGCCUUGAUGUCCAACUUUGAGCAGCUGCUGCGUGGGGUCUGGAAGCCAGAAAAGAACGAAAUUCUUCAUAUGUCCUUCCCUACAAAGGCCAGCCUGUAUGGCACAAUCCUCUUCACUCUGCAACAAACCCACUGGCUCCCUAUCUCUGAAGCCAACCUCAUCUUCUUUUUCACCAUAUUCAUGAUAGUUUGCAAGGUUUUCAUGACAGCAACUCACUCUCAUGCCUCACCUUUCACUCCACUGGAAAACCUCAUCUGCCCAGUUUUCUUUGGCUCCGUUUCCAGUGGACACACGAGUCACCACCAUGAUCACCACGGGGCCUCCCAUGAGGUUUCCCAUCCCUCGCCUGCUCCUGCCAAGACAAAAGAGGAGCUGAAUGAAGGCUCAAGGAAAAGGAAAGCAAAAAAAGCUGAAUAAAAAACCAACCACACAGCAAAUAGGCCAAGAAAAUUCUUCCAGAGCAGAGUCUCAAAGCCACCUGUGACCUCCUUGAUCCUCCAGUCCUUCUCUCAGGCUCCAGAGGAGAAGCCAAGACGCUGCCAGGCGGGUCCCUGAAUUUCACUUGUGCUUUCUGUGCUGCUGCUUGCUUUUUGGUCUCUGUCUCUCUCUUCUGAUCAUAUUUUCAGGGAUUUGUAGGUUUGUGC